GGAGGGUUGCUGCCGCCGCUCCUCGGCGAGCGCAGAGUUGACUAUAUAUGGUCAAAGCAGGGGAGUAGCGGCGAGCUCGGCGGGCGCUUCCUGCUCUGCAGCUUGGGGCUGAGGCUGGAGCAGGAGCAGGGAGAGGCUGGGCCGCUGCCGCCACCACCGCCUGGGCACCGAGCGCGUCGCCUCCCUCUGGCCGCGGGAACAAGUGGGCGAAGAUGCCGUUCGAGAGCAAAAAAGUGUUUGCCAGCCUCCCCCAGGUUGAAAGAGGUGUCUCCAAAAUUAUUGGAGGGGAUCCCAAGGGCAACAACUUUCUGUAUACCAAUGGAAAAUGUGUCGUCAUCAGAAACAUUGAUAAUCCAGCAAUUGCUGAUAUCUAUACUGAGCAUGCCCAUCAAGUUGUGGUUGCCAAGUAUGCGCCCAGUGGAUUCUACAUAGCGUCUGGAGAUGUCUCUGGAAAGCUUAGAAUUUGGGAUACCACACAGAAGGAACACCUACUGAAGUAUGAGUAUCAGCCAUUUGCAGGAAAAAUAAAGGAUAUUGCCUGGACUGAAGACAGCAAGAGGCUUGCCGCUGUGGGGGAAGGCAGGGAGAAAUUUGGAGCAGUGUUCCUAUGGGAUACUGGUUCUUCAGUCGGAGAGAUCUCUGGGCACAACAAGGUGAUCAACAGCGUGGAUAUAAAACAAACAAGGCCCUAUCGUAUAGUAACUGGCAGUGAUGACAAUUGUGGUGCUUUCUUUGAGGGACCGCCAUUCAAAUUCAAGUUUACAAUAAGUGACCACAGCCGUUUUGUUAACUGUGUGAGGUUCUCUCCUGAUGGGAACAGAUUCGCUACAUCUAGUGCAGAUGGCCAGAUUUUUGUCUAUGAUGGGAAGACUGGAGAGAGAGUUUGUGCUCUGGGUGGAAAUAAGGCUCAUGAUGGAGGCAUUUAUGCUAUUAGCUGGAGCCCUGAUAGCGCUCACUUGCUUUCUGCUUCUGGAGACAAAACUGCUAAAAUCUGGGAUGUUGGCGCUAACUCUGUUGUCAGUACGUUUAACAUGGGAUCAAAUGUUCUGGAUCAGCAGUUGGGUUGCUUGUGGCAGAAGGACCAUUUACUGAGCCUCUCCCUCUCUGGUUACAUUAACUAUUUGGAUAAGAAUAACCCAAAUAAGCCUCUACGUGUCAUAAAGGGUCAUAGUAAAUCAAUUCAGUGUCUGACAGUGCAUAAAAAUGGUGGAAAAUCCUAUAUUUACUCCGGAAGUCAUGAUGGACACAUUAAUUAUUGGGAUUCCGAAACUGGGGAGAAUGAUGACUUUUCUGGAAAAGGGCAUACAAACCAGGUUUCUAGAAUGGCCGUGGAUGAAUUGGAUCAGCUGGUCAGUUGCAGUAUGGAUGACACUGUGCGUUAUACUAGCCUAACCAAGAGAGACUACAGUGGCCAGGAUGUUGUAAAACUGGAUGUUCAACCAAAAUGUUUAGCUGUUGGUCCUGGUGGAUAUACGGUAGUUAUAUGCAUUGGACAAAUCAUCUUGAUGAAGAAUAAGAAGAAGUGUUUUGCAAUUGAUGACCCUGGCUAUGAACCAGAAGUGGUGGCCAUUCACCCAGGAGGUGCUACCGCUGCAGUGGGAGGACAGGAUGGGAAUGUCCAUCUAUAUUCAAUCCAAGGAACCUCUCUGAAAAUCGAUGAGAAGACCUUGCAAGCUAAAGGUCCUGUGACUGACCUAGCAUAUUCUCAUGAUGGUGCCUUUCUUGCAGUUUGUGAUGCAAACAAAGUUGUCACUGUCUUUAGUGUUGCUGAUGGCUAUGCGGAACAUAACAUCUUCUAUGGACACCAUGCAAAAAUUGUUUGCCUUGCCUGGUCUCCAGACAAUGAGCAUUUUGCUUCUGGGGGCAUGGACAUGAUGGUUUAUGUUUGGACCUUAAGUGACCCGGAGACCAGAGUCAAGAUACCAGAUGCUCAUAGACUACAUCAUGUAAGCAGCUUGGUAUGGCUGGAUGAACAUACCCUGGUAACAACAUCCCAUGAUGCUUCUGUCAAAGAAUGGUCUAUCUCCUACAAGUGAACAGUCCUACUUGGAAGGACCUCAUCAGGGACUAGAACUACUGCAGUGGAACAUAGCAUUUCUCUUUAAAAGAAAAAAAAAAAUUCUAAUGGCCUCUGGGUCUUCUAUCAUAUCCUCAUAUCUUUACAGGGUGUUCAUAUCUGUAAUUAAAUGUACUUUGAAAGCUUUAGCCAGUAACAGUUUGCACAUGAAAAGCACUUAAAUUAUGUCUGGAACUUAACCUUUGUGCUGAACAUUCCAGAGGCAACAGCCGAACAAGUUGGCAUGAAAAAUUCAAACAUGAUCAGUUAUUUUCUAACAGAGUCCGUGUGAGAUUGUACAGCAUGAGAGAAAUACUUCUCAUUUUUUCUAAUUGCAGAACAUUUCUGUACUAAUGGUCAUAGUAAGAAUAUUUAGUUGUGAUUCAAAACAAAUCAAGCUGUGUGCAGCUACUGUAUAUUACGUUGCUUGUCUGUACUGCACCAAACUGUUGCCUCAGAUUUCCUCCUCCACAUAAUGAAAUGGGGUACACACAUAAUAAACUCUUUAUGUAUUUCAUGUCAAAGUUUUGUGGUUAUUUUAGGAUGGAAAUGUGGGUUUUUAAUGUACUUACUGUUGUCGGUUUAAUGUUUACAAAUAACUAUCAUGGCAUUUUCUCACUCCAGAAACAUCAUUGUUACCUUAUGAACAACUGAGAAUGUCUGUCUGGUCAUUUCAAUAUCGGGGAGAACCUCGGCUUCUGUUUAAAGAUAAAUUUGUUUCCUAAAGAGAAGAAUUAAGUUGAUGUAAACAAAUUUGCAGUAAUUAUAACACCUGUGUCAGUACAGGAAUUAAACUAAGUGAAUCAUU